UUGACCUUUUUUUUUAAGGAUACCGGCUCCAAGGGACCAACAAAUGAUUUGGAUUGUCGUGUCAUCGUAAAUAAAGUUUUAACAAAAUCUAGCUUAUCACCGUCUUGUUCCAGUGCUUCAGAUUAUUUUAAAGAAAAUGAAUCUUUUCAGGCAAAUUUUUUUAUCUUACUCUCGUCAGUGGCUGUUGUGAUUUCUGAAGAAGAAGUAAGAGUAUUAUAUCUGCCUGCUUAUAAUCAGCUGUUUUCUCAUAAGCCAGAAAUUCCAUUUGUUAAGGCAACUUCUUCACAUGUUAGCGGGUAUCCAAUAUUGUUUUUACUUAAUGCUGCAGGUCAAGUUGUCGUCUUAAGUUUGCCUACAUUGAAAUCUCUUUUAUGUUGUCCUUUAUUCAAACAGUCCAUUGAACUCGAUGAUCCUGUUUGUCAAAAGAUAAGUCUUUCAAAUCAUGGUCUGGGAAUGUAUUUAGUUUAUUCAUCAGAGAUUCAAAAAUUUACUAUAUCUGCUGAGCUUGCUGCUGAAUUACAAGAAUGCAUUGGCGAGUUAUUUAUCCCUAUGGAUUUGCCUGAACCUCAGAAGAAUUCAUUUUUCAAAGGUGUAUCAACAUUGUUCGUCAGUCAAAAAGAAAGUGUCGAUUUGGAUUCUAUAUUCGCUGAUAAAAGUACGGGAGUCCCAUCGAAUAGUGGAAUGCGAUCAGUGGGUAGAACUAUUUUAGGCCCUUCUGCAAAUAUGGAGCAAGUCACUUCAAGAAAUGUAACAGCUGGGCAGGCUGCUAAUCUUGCACUUCAGACUUUGCAUGAACGUGGCGAAAAACUUGGUGCUACUGUUGAUGCAACCGAGCGCUUGAAAGAUACUGCAGUGAGUUUGUCUCAAAAAACUGGAAAAUUGGUUGAGAAGUACGAGAAAAAAAAAUGGUAUAAUUUUUGA